UAUCGAUGUAUCAAUGAGGACUUACCAGCUGCAUUGUUUACGCGGCAAAAUAAGACGGGAUGAACGUUGCACAUGGUGUGGAAUGUUUUUGGGGAGACCUCAAAAAGCAUCCGCAAUGCCCGCACGGACCAACAUUGCUAUUUGGUAGAUACGUCAAUGGUGAAUUAGAGAAAUUUUACGCGUGUUCUGCUUGUCGCAACAGAAAAUUAUGCACAUUCCAUUUAUCGUAUGGGCGAGAACUGUCAAAGUCUCAAAAGAACAGAUGGCAGCAAGAGAGAAGGAAGUUUGAGCAACGUUAUCAUCAUCAGAAAUUGUUCAUACGUUUGAACGAGAUCAAAGCACAAUCCGUGGCGAAAAGGUGCUAUUGUCACGAUUGUGAGAAACUAAUUCUCAUCUCUGAGAAAGAUAAACACAAUGACCACCGAGUAACGGAGAAUUUAACAGAUCGCCAAAUGAAUAAUCCAACAGAGCUCCUGAAACCUUUGAAUAAUGUAAAGAAGGAGGCUCAAUAUUUAUUCUCCGAGAAGUCUACCAAGGACAUAGUAAGCAUGCUUUUAAAGCUCGGAGCUAAGCAGGUCCUUUGUGUCGGAACGCCAAGAAUACAUGAAUACAUAUCUGAAUACCAUACAGACAAAAUAUCUUCCCUCCUUUUAGAUUUAGAUGGGAGAUUUCACAACUUCUUUGGACCACUGGAUUACUGUUGGUAUAAUCUUUUCAAUCAUCACUUUUUUAACAAAGAUGCAAUUAAUGUGUUCAAAGAUUUUCUCACUCAAAAUAAAGGGAAAGACACUUACUUGAUAUGCGAUCCCCCGUUUGGAGGACGCGUGGAACCUAUGUCGUGUACAAUAAAAACGAUAUCUGACCUACACAAGAAAUUAAAUGAUAAUAAUAGCGAUGAUUUCUCUCUGAAAGUCAUGUUUAUGUUUCCAUAUUUUAUGGAGCAUAUCAUGAGAGAAAAAAGUAAUCCACCAUCGGUGGCCGGUGGUUUGAAAGACUUGAAGAUGUCCGAUUAUAAAGUCGAUUACGACAAUCACCCAUUAUUUGUGUCGGGAGAACAUGGCAGAAAACAAGGCUCUACCGUGAGGAUCUUCACGAAUAUACCGUUGAAGCUGCUGGAACUUCCUGCGUCAGACGGGUACAGAUUUUGCAAGGACUGUGAGAAAUGGGUCUCCGGCGAGAACAAGCAUUGUAAAAGUUGCAAGGAAUGCACCUCCAAGCAUGGUAGAACGUACAAGCAUUGUAAAUUAUGCAAGCGAUGCGUGAAGCCUACUUGGAAGCAUUGUAAAACGUGCCAGAGAUGUUUGUUGCAGAAACAUACAUGUGGUCAAGUACCGAGUAUCGUUGGAAGAUGCUUCAAAUGCAACGAACUGGGUCAUACUGGGAGAGAAUGUUCAAAUUUAUCGUCCGCGGAGAUUGCAGUUAAAGGAGACGUGAGAAAAGGCAAAAUAGUGAAGAAACGCAAAGCGGAGAGUGAAUUAAAAACGUCCUUAGUUAAGAAGACCAAAGUUCAAGAUUCAAAAAAGACUUCUAAGCGGAAGACUCUCGUGAUUAAUCAAAAUAAAACGUCAAAAGUAGGAAAAAAUAAGAAUCUCAGGGAUAAAAAGCGGUCGAUAAAAUAACAAGGAGAUUGGUAUAAAUAGUGCUGUACUGUGAAUGGGAGUCCAGCCGAAUGCUCAACGGGAAUCUUAAAUAUUGAGGAUUCGUUGAUAUAAAUAAACCGACGCGGC